AUUGAGAUAUUACACAACUUGUGACAAUUCAUCCAUUUCAUCCUGAUAAAUAUUCUGCCUUCUUCUCUGUGCAGAAACUCCCUUUUCUUAUUACACACAUAAGAGAGACAUUAAGAGAGAAAGAGUGAUAUGGCUUAUGCUGCUAUUACUUGUCUUAUGAGAACCAUACACCAAUCAAUGGAACUUACUGGAUGUGCUUUGCAACCGUUCUAUGAAAACCUCGAAUCCGUGAGAGCUAUUCUGGAGAAACCAUGGAAAGCAACAGACGAUCUCGAGGCAUUAGCAAGCUUGGAAGCUGAAAUCGCAGAACUAGCAUACAGUGCAGAAGAUAUGGUUGACUCACAAUCAAGAAAAGUUUUUUUAGAACAAAAUGUCGAGGAAAGAAGCAGAGCUAUGUGGGAGCUCUUUUUCCACUUGGAACAAGCACUAGAAUGCAUUGAGUCCUCCACGAAACAGUGGAUGGGAACACGGGACAGGUGCAACAGCAUGAAAGAUCUAAAGGCACAAACUUACACUCUUCAUAGUUUGCCUGAACACGUCGAAGAGCGGCCCGAGAAUAUAAUGGUUGGCCAUGAAAAUGCAUUCAAGAUUAUGCAGGAUCAACUCACUGGAGGAGAGAGGGAACUAGAAGUUGUCUCAAUUGUAGGGAUGGGGGGCAUAGGGAAGACAACUUUGGCUACAAAGCUCUACAGCGAUCCAUUCAUUAUGUCUCACUUCGACAUUCGUGCAAAAGCUACUGUUUCACAAGAGUAUUGUCCGAGAAAUGUACUCCUGGCCCUUCUUUCUUCUACAAGUGAUGAACCAUGUGAUCAACUAGCAGACCGACUUCAAAAGCAUCUUAAAGGCAAGAGAUACUUGGUAGUCAUUGAUGACAUAUGGACUACACGAGCUUGGGAUGAUAUACAACUAUGUUUCCCAAACUGUAAUAAUGGAAGCCGAAUACUCUUGACUACUCGGAAUGGGGAAGUGGCUGAAUAUGCUAGCUCAGGUAAGCCUCCUCAUCACAUGCGCCUUUUGAACUUUGAUGAAAGUUGGAAUUUAUUGUAUGAAAAGGUCUUUGCGAAAGACUCUUUUCCCCCUGAAUUUGAACAGCUUGGGAAACAAAUUGCAUCCGAAUGCAGAGGAUUGCCUCUAGCAAUUGUUGUGAUUGCCGGACUUCUCUCCAAAAUUGGCAAAGCAUUGGAUGAGUGGCAAAGUGUUGCCAAGAAUGUAAGUACGUUGGUAAGCACAGAUCUUGAAGCCCAAUGCAUGAGAGUGUUGGCUUUGAGUUACCAUCACUUGCCUUCUCACCUAAAGCCGUGUUUUCUAUAUUUUGCAAUUUUUGCAGAGGAUGAACUGAUUUCUGCAGAUAAACUUGUGGAGUUAUGGGCUGUAGAGGGAUUUUUGAAGGUAGAAGAGACGAAAAGCAUGGAAGAGGUGGCAAAAACAUGUCUAAACGAACUUAUAGACAGAAGUUUAAUUUCAAAUGGUGGCAAAAUGACGAGUUAUUGUGAAAUGCAUGAUUUGAUCCGUGAACUCUGCUUGAAAGAAGCUCGAAAGAUGAAUUUUGUUGAUGUUCUAAGAGGAAAGAGUGAUCAAAAUUCAUGUGCGCAAUCCAUGCAGUGCUCCUCUAAGAGUCGAGGUCGGAUCGGUAUCCAUAGUGAGGAAGAAUUGGCUAGGUGCCGUAACAGUGAAGCUCAUUCUAUUAUCAUGUUUGGUAGAUUUCAAUUCUUCAUGCCGGAGUUGCCUUUCAAGCUAGUAAGAGUGCUAGACCUGGCUUCAAUUUGGUGUCCAACUUUUCCCAGUGGAAUACUACAGUUAAUUCACUUGAGAUACCUAGCUUUGACUCUUUCUCCUGGCAUGGAGCAUCUAGGAGUCGGAGAAGAGGUUCUCUCAUCAAUAAGAGACAUUCCCUCGUCAAUAAUAGACAUUCCUCCAUCGAUAUCAAGCCUAUUUUAUCUGCAAACUUUUAUACUUGAUGGCACCAAUUACGAGUACUAUCCUUUCAUAUUACCAUCGGAAAUUUUGACGAUGCUGCAGUUGAGGCACCUCCAUUUGUCCUGGAAUUACUUGCCGUAUUAUGAGUCUACAGAGAAAAGUUUGGUAUUGAAAAAUUUGCAAUGUCUUUGUAGAUGGAAUCCUUUUAAUUGUACCGGGUCUGUAUUUAGACUAUUUCCCAAUCUAAAGAAGUUGCAAAUUAGUGGUACCCGAGAAGACUUUCGUAUUCACAAGGACCAGUAUGAUUUUCGCUACUUACAUCAGCUCGAGGAAUUGGAAUUUAAUCUUAGUAAUCUAGCUGGUAUAUGCUUUCUAGAAAGAAUUAGACCCUCAGAUUCUACUCUGCAAAAUCCUUUAAGGCUUCAGAGGAGAAUCAAGCUGCCAAAGCCACGUUCAUCUUUUCCACCUCUGCUCCUACCUCCGCCAGAUGCUUUUCCACAAAACCUUAAGAAUUUAACUUUGAAAGGACUUUUCUUCUUGCCAUGGAAGGAUCUGAGCAUUGUUGGUAAAUUGCCCAAACUCGAGUCCCUUCAACUAGAAGAUGGGGCCUGCAGAGGUGAGGAGUGGGAAGUAGCUGAGGAAGGGUUUCCUCUCUUGAAGUUCUUGAAACUAAUCAAAUUGCACAUACGGUACUGGAGAGCCAGUAGUCAUCACUUUCCAUGCCUUGAACGCCUAUAUGUUAAUGCUUGCUUGUAUUUGGAUAUCCCUCAACAAUUUGCAGAUAUAACCACACUUACUCUAAUUGAUAUACAAGCAUGUCCAGAAUCUGUUGGGAAUUCCGCCAGGCAGAUUCAACAGGACAUUCAAGACAACUAUGGAGGUUCUAUUGACGUCCAUAUUAAUCAUCCUGUCUGUCAAUAUGGUGAACGUUGUAAAUUUCAACAUGCUGCCCCUCAACAACCGAAGCCAAAUCCAUUUGGGUUUGGCAGCCAAUCCACUAAUUUUCAGAGUACAAAUAUGCAGCAAACAAAGUCUAACCCUUUUGGUUUUGGUGUUCAGAGCAACUUGCAGCCAAGAGGGUCCAAUGAUUUAGUGCUCACACAGAAUCAAUACAAGCCGUUUGAAAACAAGUGGACUCGUUCUGCAAGUACCAACAGUUCUUCAUCGCGGCCAACUGAUAAUCAGCCUGUUGCAUCUAAUCACACCUGCACGGAUCCCGAGUCAUGCAGACGUCAGAUUGUGGAAGAUUUUAAUAAUGAGAAGCCAAUGUGGUUGCUUACCUGCUAUGGUCAUCGUAAAAAUUUUGGUCCAUGUGAUAUUACCGGCGAUGUUAGCUAUGAAGAGCUGCGAGCAGCAGCAUAUGAUGAUGCAAAACGUGGACAGAGCUUGACUUCUAUUGAAAAAGGUUCAAAUUUGCUCCUGAACUAUACACUAUCUGACACUUUUGCCAUCGGUUAUACUUCGCCAACAAAAAGACACGCCAUUAAAAAAGUUGAGAGAGAGAGGAGCCUGGUUAAUUCUAAAGUAGCUGAAUUUGAAAAUCUAUUGCGAAAUCCUUAUGCAUCUCAAUCGACUUCUGCUGCUAAUGCUCAAAGUCCUUUUCCUGGUUCUGCACCAAGUGCCUCGUUGAGUGCUCAAAGUCCUUUUCCUGGUGGUGCACCAAGUGCCUCGUUGAGUGCUCAAAGUCCUUUUCCUGGUGCUGUUCCGAAUGCCUCGUUGAGCGCUCAAAGCAGUUUUCCUCCUUCAGCCUCGAGUUUUAGUCAGUUGGGAGCCAUACUGAAUACAGGGGCAUCUACUCCACCAACUAAUAGUAUAUUUGGGCAACCCAGUCCCCUUGGGAACUCUUUUAAGGCAUCAAGUUCUUCUGGGGCGGCGAAUGCCUUUUCAUUCGGGAAUACAUCAGGUUCCUUUGGCUUCGGAAGCCAAGUCCCGACCCAGUCACAACAGAAUCCUUCCACUCCAAGCAAUAACUUAUUUUCCACCUCGACAUCGCUGCAUGUUCCUAAUCCAUCUGGUGGCCAACUUCCUACUCCUUCUCAGGGACUUUUUGCUGCUUCAGUUACGGCAGCCCCUGCCAGUAUCAACUUGACGAGUGGUGCAUCAACAGAAGAGUUCAGUGGUGAUAACAGCAUUUGGACAAAGAAUGAAUGGAAAAUUGGGGAGAUUCCAGAAGAGGCACCCCCAGACAGAUAUGUUUAUUAGGAAUGCUUCUGGCACCUGACUAUUGAAGGUUGUCAGUUCAAAUCAGAUACAGAAGAAACUUCCUUUUCGUGACAUGGUUCAUCGACAUAUCAACAGGAAAUUUUGGGCAUUUGAUUAAGUUCCUAGGUAGUUAUGCUAGUGAAAAAAGGUUUUACAAUAUCUUUACCUUUUAUACAGUUUCGAAGAGGGGUUAAAUGUAGUUUUCUUCAGCUAUUUAAAGAGUUGUAAUGUGAUCAUUGUACAUGCUGCUUUUUGUAUGAAAAGAAAAUGAAGUAGUCAAAUAUGUUUGUUGGCAAUUAAAAAAAAAAAAAACUGAUAAGAUCAGCCAAAAGAUAUCUAGAUAUCUUUACGCUGUUUGUUGAGAAGCUA